CAAAACUGGUUUAAGUUCACGUAGCUUAAAAUGGUAACAGAAAUCGCAAUGAAAUGUGUCCAAAACCGCUCAUAGCUCAUUUUUGAAAAACGAAAUGUGGCAGCUCGGAUUCUAGUGCUGAGCAACGGCAGCCGCAGCAGUGCUGAGAAACAUCCGCCGGUCAAGUCAAGAGCGGUCAGGAUCAGCUGUGCACUCUGGUUUGGGUAAUUACGAGAAUACAUCGCAGUAACAGUGCAGCGCAGCAAAGUAGUGCAACGAUGAACGAGGCCGGCACCAACGCGGAUGCAGUGGCGGCCGAGAAGGAGCGCAAGUUCCGCAUCCAGGCCGGCGCCUUCCUGGGAUUAGUGGGUGGCGUAUCCGCUCUGUUUGGAUUCUCCCGGACGCUGGCCACCGCGAAGAAGGCGGACAGCAAGGUCCUUCAGCAGGCUGGAACCCGUCAAGGACUGAUCCUGAUGGACGAGGGAGCCACCCUGGCCCUGCGGGCACUGGGCUGGGGCACCCUCUACGCCGUUGUCGGCACCGGAGCCUUCUGCUACGGCUUCUGGAAGCUGUCCGGAGCCAAAGACUUCCAGGAGUUCCGUCUCAAGAUGGGCAACGCACUGCCAAGGAUCACCAAGGACGAACCGCCUGCCAGCCGCACCGACUUCGAGAGCCUCACGGACCUCAUGAAAUACCUGGCCGCCUGGAACAAGGAAUGAGCAGCUCAUCAAAACACAACACACACAAUCUAAAUUAAACCUUAAGCCUAAGUAGACAGGAACAUAAACCAAAAUGUUUGUUAACUUACGUUUACACACAGGCAAA